CAUAAUAUUUUAGCGUUGGCCUCAAGCCCCGCAACGUUUCGUUUCGGAGCGAAUGUUUUGUUGCUCCGAAAAGAAUUCCAUUUGUUUUUAAUUAAAUUUCAAUGAUUGAAGGGGAAAUAACAGCCAGUAGUCCUCGUUUUUUGCUCCGGAAAUUGAAAUAAACUGUGAACUAUCGCUGUCACAGGCGAAAAGUGACAAAAAUGACUCUUAACCUCACGAAAACUCGACUUCUAAACAUGCGAAGAAUAAGUACCUCUCAAUGUUACAGAAAUUUACCCCCCAAUAGUGUAAUGAAUGUUUUCGAUAGGAAUGCGAAGCUUUUGCAACGUGAGAGAGCAGCUAGGGACCCAGAGGUCAAACUGUACGACUAUUUGAAGGAGGAAGUGGGGUAUAGACUUGCUGACAGGGUUUUCGAUAUCAAGAAGGAGUUCCAGUGCGCCUUGGACCUGGGCUGCGGUCGUGGACACGUCUCCAGGAAUAUCCAGUCCGACAGCGUGAAGAAAUUGAUUUUAGCUGACAUGUCCUCCAGUUUUGUUGAGCAAGCUGUGGCCCCUGAGGGGGUGGAGGUGGAGAGGAAGGUGCUGGAUGAGGAGAGCUUCUCCCUGGGGGACAACAGUCUUGACCUGGUCAUCAGUUGCUUGAGUCUUCACUGGGUCAAUGAUCUCCCUGGGUGCUUCAGCAGGAUUAUUCAGAGCCUCAGAAAUGAUGGGGUCUUUAUGGCUGCCAUUUUCGGGGGCGACUCUCUCUUUGAACUGAGAAGUUCUUUACAACUCGCAGAGUUGGAGAGGGAUGGAGGGAUCUCUCCUCACGUCUCACCUUUCACGCAGAUCAGGGACAUUGGGAGCUUGAUGACGAGGGCUGGCUUCACGAUGCUCACUAUUGAUUGCGAUGAAAUGCUCGUUGGGUAUCCUUCCAUGUUCGAACUCAUGUGGGAUUUAAAAGGCAUGGCGGAGAACAACGCAGCGAGAAAUCGAAAAUUACACCUGAAACGAGACACUGCAUUGGCAGCUGCAGCAAUUUACGAAGAGCUUUAUGGGAAGACGAAGGAGGAUGGUAGUAUUUACGUUCCUGCGACGUUUCAAAUAAUUUACAUGCUGGGUUGGAAGCCAGAUGCCUCACAGCCAAAGCCCCUCGACAGAGGGACUGGAGAGGUUUCCUUGAAAGACUUGUACAAACUAGACGAGAUCAUCAAAGACACCAAAAAGAUAAAAUUAGACGAUGAGAAGUAGAAGGAAAUAUUGAAAAUGUUGAAGGUAAAAUGUAAAAUAUAAUUUAUUCAACUCAAUAAAGUCCUCUUUUGUAUGAUAAAACA